AUGCGAGCAUACUACUUCGAUAACCUUCCAGGCGACCAACGUCUACCACACGACUCCAAUCCCUCACGACCUGUGACGACCGAACUUCUGAAGAAACUGAAAGUCGAAACGUUCCAUAUCCCACUGACCGACGGGUAUCAAGACAAGAUCGAUGCUAUAGCGAAGGAGAGGGGGUACAAGAAUAGGGAUGUUAUUAACAUUUCCAAGGACGGGUUGGGUGAUGCGUACGAAGACAAGAUCAAGAUGUUUUUCGAUGAACAUCUCCAUGAAGAUGAAGAGAUUCGAUUCCUCGUAGAUGGCAGUGGAUAUUUCGACAUUCGAGAAACUCCCACUGACUCUUGGAUCCGCAUUGCGAUGUGUUCGGGUGAUUUACUUGUCCUGCCAGCUGGUAUUUAUCACCGGUUCACGUUGGACGAGGGUAACAAGGUAGAAGCGAUGCGCCUUUUCAAGGACGAACCCAAGUGGGCUGCUUUGAACCGCAGCCCUGAUACAGAUCACAAUGUUCACCGAGUCGAGUAUCUGAAGAGUAUUGCUCAAGUUGCUUGA